UGCGAUAUACCGAUUGUACGGGCUAUCGAUAUCUCCGGCGCGGCAGCGACGCAGCAGAGAAAACUCGUUGUUGCCUUUCGUUUCACUAAUUUUAUAUAACUUUUGGAGUGACAACACGGCCGACACAUAAACAAAACGUAAAUCCUAGCUUGUGAAUAUUUAGGUACACUCUUUCCACACCUGCAACGCGGCCUGCAGUUUUAAAUUCACCGUGUUUAAAUAUCAAGGUAUUCCAGACGGUAAACAAACAACAACGAUAGCAGCUGGCGCAACAACAACAACCUGUGCGCUCCUGAUUAACAUUUCUGGUCGAAUAUUUUCAAUUAGCAAGUCGGUAGCAUCAUGUCGAUCAGAAGAACUAUGUCCACAACAGCCUCGAAAGAGUGGCGGGAUUACUUUAUGAGUACCCACUUUUGGGGCCCUGUGGCGAACUGGGGCAUCCCGGUGGCUGCUCUCGCCGACACACAAAAGAGCCCAAAAUUCAUCUCCGGCAAAAUGACAUUGGCUCUGACCCUGUACUCGUGCAUAUUCAUGCGAUUUGCCUACAAGGUCCAGCCCAGGAAUUGGCUGCUCUUUGCCUGCCACGCCACCAAUGCCACCGCCCAAUCGAUCCAGGGACUUCGCUUCCUCCACUACAAUUACGGGUCUAAGGAGCAGCAGGCGUAAAACCUUUCCCUGAAAUCCACUUCCAUGAGAACGACGCGCGAAGCCACCUCAAAUGUUUACCCAACAGCAGCAGCUAUAACAAUUUACUGCCACCACACGCAACAAACAUCUAGCAAAUUGCACUGCCGCAAUCCCCUUCAAAUCAAAUCCAAGUGGUGGAGUAAUUGCCGUGAAUCACACCCGCACAAUUGGCUGAAUCUCGAAUCGUGUUGUCGUGCCCCACUCGCCGUUUUCGCUGGGGUCAAAUCCCAAAUCCAAUUGAGUCUACCCCAAACUUGUUACUUUGCCUAUUAGUUAAUUCCGUUAGGCAGUUGAUCAAAAUUUUAAGUCGGUGCAAUUCUUAGUUUACGAUCAAAGCAUGCUCUAUGAAUAUGGUUUAAAAUCUAACAAAAUUGUAAAAUUGAAUUAGAAUUAGAAUUCCUGUAAACACUUCCAGCAAUUUUGUUGUAGAAUCCCAAAAAAUGAGGAACGUAGUAAAAUCUUCAAAAAUAUAUGAAGUUUCUUGACUUUAUCAUGUUUAUGGAAA